AUGCUCCUGCUCCAUCAGACUGGCGCUGUUCGGGUUGGUGAGGUUGUAAGAUAUACCAUAACCUACACUCCCAGCCUCGACCGCAUCCUUCCGCCCCCCACACAUUUGCAUGUGAAGAUCAAGAACACGGUCGCCGCGCCUCUUCGCGCCGCCUACUUGCAUGGACCAUACACUCUAUAUGUGGCGUGCUAUCCGUCCACGUUCGACCCGUACAAAAAACAUGAGGCUGCAAGCACCGAAGGCACACCAGAUUUUGAGCCGCAAUUGAAGGCGGGCGGACAAUGGAAUGCGAAACUCACUGUCCCCGAAUAUGUCCGGGAAGACGCUCAGAGACAAAGCCUAGACGUGAGGCGCGGGGACAGAGGGACGAACGAGAGGAAGAGCUUCACCUGGAUCAUCGAGAUUGCUUCGCAGGUCAUCUUCUCCAAGACGGCCAGUGUUGAGUAUGAGGUCCUUGUUGGACGUGAUGAGAAGUCGGUAGAACUGGGGUUCCACGGUGUCAUUGGAUCGGGCCAAGGCGCACCUGGUCGACUCGAAGAUCAUCAACGUGCUCGUUCGCAAAAAGCCAACACCCCGCAGCAUCCGAAGGGCGUCUUCUCUAAGGCGGUCAGACUGGUGGUAGAUGACACCCACAGCCUCUGGAACACACCUCCAUUUCCUGAAUGGGAGCAAGAAGCCGAUGGGCAAGCCAAAGUCAGGGUGGAACAGGGACCUCAACAUGGCGACAAGAGAGAUGCCGGCGCGAAACCGGACAAAACACAAAAGAAGCAGAAGAAGAUCCAUCUCGUACUCCUCACGCACGGUAUCCACAGUAACGUGGGUGCAGAUAUGCUGUUCAUGAAGGAAAGCAUUGAUACAGCUGCGAGGCAGGCAAAGGAAGACGCGAAAAGAAGGCGGGCUGAGAUCAGGGCACGACAUGCGACAAGGGAGAACGAGUUUGGAAGAGAUGUUCUGGGACAGCGAUCAAAAUCAAUGCCGGACAUCACGAGUGCCGGUGAUGGCCCCCCUGAAGCCACCACCUCUAAUGUCGUCAACGAGGGCGGGCAGGAGGAAGACGAGGAAGACGAAGAAGAAAUCUACGUGCGAGGGUUCACCGGUAACACCACGAAGACCGAAAGAGGGAUCCAGUAUCUCGGCAAACGUUUCGCCAAAUACGUCCUCUCUAUUACCUAUCCGGACCAACCAUAUCUGCCGAUAAAGUCGUCCAUGGGAAAGUCCCUCUCACAAUCUCUGGCCUCGUCAUUGUCGAACAAACCCAAGCCGCAAGAUGCAAAUAGCACGCAGCCGGCGCAUAAAAACAGCAGCAUUAUCAAAGACGAGAAUCACAGAGCUCAUAAUCUCCCGUACCGAAUCACCUCCAUAAGUUUCAUCAGUCACAGUCUGGGCGGAUUAAUACAAACUUACGCCAUCGCGUACAUCCAAAAGCACUCUCCCGAAUUCUUCAACCUGAUUAAACCCAUCAAUUUUGUCGCAAUGGCCACACCAUUUCUGGGUUUGAGCAAUGAGAACCCCGUAUAUGUAAAGUUUGCGCUGGAUUUUGGCUUGGUGGGAAGGACGGGCCAGGACCUGGGUUUGACGUGGAGGCCGCCGACGUUGGCGAAGAGCGGCUGGGGAGCCGUGGUGGCCGGAUUUACGAAUGACUCUAACAAAGGAGGUCCGGACAAGGAGUCUGAUCCUGGAGCAAAGCCUUUGCUAAGGAUCCUGCCGACAGGACCAGCGCACGUGGCAUUGAAGAAGUUCCGAAAUCGCACCGUCUACUCCAACGUGGUCAAUGACGGGAUCGUGCCGUUGAGAACGUCCUGCCUGCUGUUCCUGGACUGGCGAGGUCUGGGUCGCGUAGAGAAAGCCAGGCGAGAAAGCGGCUUGGUAGGGACGAUGGUGGGAUGGGGUUGGGCUGAAAUGACAGGCCAAAAUGCCAGCGACCCUAGAAAGGCGCUCACCUGGAACAACUUGUUUAGCGACAGUGGCGAGGACGUGAGCAGCCCCAAGUCUGGCAAAUCGACCCCGGAUCCUGAAUCGAAAGUUCCGCAAGCAGAGACUAGCGAAGGCUUUGACCACGACCAGCGAGCAACAGAACCCGAAGAGAGUCAAUUCCUGGAGAGGAAAGGGAGGAUAUCUUCAGAACAACCGACAAGCCCAACAGAUGUCAGGCCGACAGCUGCGCCGAAUUUGUGGACAGAACUAUUGAACUUUUUCAAGCCGCAAGCAGGCCAGCGAAAGUCACCCCCAGGUAGUCCGCCCAAGAGUCCGAGGAAGACGCAGAAAAUCUAUCGGCGAGGGCAGACGAUGUACCACCAGGAAGAACAACCAGACUCUGGACAAGCAUCACAAGAAAUUCCGGAAGCGGAAAGCAAUGGUACCCCCGUCAAGGCUCCCGUCCGAGGCGCAUCACUGUACACCAACAGUUCCCAAGAGGGUGGCACAGGGGAAGUCGAAACGCCUCCCAAAACGACCUUUUUUGAAUCGGCAGGAGAUCUCCUCAACCCACCGCUACCUCCCAAGGACUUCAUCCUAGACCCUGCUGCCAGACCAAGGACAAUCUUUCAUGACCGUGUGUAUCAUCCACAAGAUAUUCCGCCGCCGCCAGCAAAACGCCAGCGAACUUUUGGGAUCAGGCGCUCUGCCUCAAAUCUGACAUCUCAAUCCUCGUCAACUCAGCUCUCAUCUGCCCCGGGUUCGCCCUCGGAUCCCCGCCGUCCUGCCUCAGGACACUCUACAGACACCACAAUGACUGCAAAUUCGACCCCGCACCAAUCUCAUGUUGAAGUAGGUGGUAUGAAGAUUGAGGAGAAGAUUGCUCGUGCGUACCAUAAAGAUCUGUCGUGGCGUAAAGUUCUGGUGCGACUAGAACCUGAUGCGCACAACAACAUGGUGGUUCGGCGGAUGUUUGCCAAUGCGUACGGAUGGCCAGUGGUGCGACACAUGUGUGAUACGCAUUUCGGGUACACGGCGGCGGCGAAGACCAGGGACGAAGACGAAGAAAACGUGGAAAGAGCAGUGGGAAGAGACGAACUUGUUCCCGGAGAGCAAAGGGAGGGGGAGAGUGUUCGGGGUCAACGAGACUUGCCCGAGGACAAAGAGAUUCAGGAGGUUGGCGGUGACAACGAAAAGAAGGCGAAAACGACUGAUAAUAUCAGAAUCACAGAGGCGAGUCCAACCGAAGUUGCGGAUAUGCAUGCGGAUCUUCAGAGGUUGCACACGGCAUGGAAAGUGCGUGAUCGCGACAAGCAGGUCACUCCCACCAGGCAUGCAUCGAGACGUACCGAGUCCGAGAUCCGCGAGUCUCGGGACGAUGUAGCGGAGCUAGUCUCCCGGAUUAGUGCCACGGGUGAGAGCAGCUACAGCGGCAUGAACUCCAGCAAGGCAGCCCUGUCGCGGCUUGUCAGACAGGAUAGCGCAAGGUGGAGCGACCGAUUCUUCGACGGAAGCGAGGAUGGCGAAGAGGAAGACGAAGAGGAGGGAGAUGGCGCGUUGGGCGAGGAAUUGAGGAAAGCAAAGUAUCGAGGCGAGCUCGAUCGGAUGUUCAACAUUGAUUUCGAUGUCGACUCGGCUGACGAGGAUGCGGCGACGGCGAAGGUCGUUGAUGGCCCGCUGACAGAGAGCCCGCAAGGCACGAAGCUGGGCACGCCUAAGAAAGGAAAGGAAAGGGAGGAUGGUGGAUCGUCAACAUCUGCGAGCAAGUACGGGCAUAUCAUCACUGAUCCUCAAGGGCCUUUCUCGGCGGAACCGGGCGAGCUGGAGCCACUCUCACAUUCUUCUGCGGGUACAAGCACGCCUACCCGGCAUGCCAGUGGAGAGGAAGCCAAGGCAGAGGCGACUGCGCAGCUGGUGCCUGAAACCAUCCCAUCAUUGAGUACCAGCGCUGCAUUGGGCCUAUCUCUAGGCGAGAACAUCGACGAGAGAUGGAGACGGGAGACGAGGCCUGCAAGCGUGGGAGAAGCCGGUGGAGUGGCCGAACAGGUCGCAUUAGCCACUACAAGAAGCAAAGAGGAGGAGGAACAGGCACAGAAGCCAGACUCCUGA